UGGACUAUGGCCGCUGAGGAAGCCGUGCAGACGGCCGAGCACUACCGGGCGGAGGUGGAGCGGCUGAGCCGUGAGCUGGCCGAGACCACCCAUGAAAAGAUCCAGGCGGCCGAGUACGGGCUGGUGGUGCUGGAGGAGAAGCUGACGCUCAAGCAGCAGUACGACGAGCUGGAGGCCGAGCACGACGCGCUCAAGCAGGAGCUGGAGCAGCUGAAGGAGGCAUUCGGGCAGUCCUACUCCAUCCACCGGAAAGUGGCCGAGGAUGGAGAGAGCCGAGAGGAGACGCUGCUGCAGGAGUCGGCCUCGAAGGAAGCCUACUACCUGGGCAAGAUUUUGGAGAUGCAGAACGAGCUGAAGCAGAGCCGGGCUGUGGUCACCAAUGUCCAGGCGGAGAACGAGAGGCUGACGGCUCUCCUGCAGGAUCUGAAGGAGAACAAUGAGAUGGUGGAGCUUCAGAGAAUCCGGAUGAAGGAUGAAAUCCGUGAGUACAAAUUCCGGGAGGCCCGCCUCCUUCAGGACUACACGGAGCUAGAAGAGGAGAACAUCACACUGCAAAAGCUGGUGUCCACACUGAAGCAAAACCAGGUUGAAUAUGAGGGCUUAAAGCAUGAGAUUAAACGAUUUGAAGAAGAGACGGUCCUGCUGAACAGCCAGCUAGAGGAUGCCAUCCGGUUGAAAGAAAUCGCUGAGCACCAGCUGGAGGAGGCCCUGGAGACAUUAAAGAAUGAGAGAGAGCAAAAAAACAACCUGAGGAAGGAGCUGGCCCAGUACAUCAAUCUCAGCGACAACCACAUCAGUCUCUCAGUGGAUGGACUCAAGUUCUCCGAGGAGUCUGGCGAGCCGAAUAACGACGAGAAGAUGAAUGGACAUAUCCACGGGCCUCUGGUGAAGCUGAAUGGAGACUAUCGGACCCCAGCCUUAAGGAAAGGAGAGUCCUUGCACCCAGUCUCGGAUUUAUUCAGUGAGCUGAACAUUUCAGAGAUACAGAAAUUGAAGCAGCAGCUUAUGCAGGUAGAGAGGGAAAAGGCCAUUCUUUUGGCCAACCUGCAAGAGUCACAGACCCAGCUGGAGCACACCAAGGGUGCGCUGACGGAGCAGCAUGAGCGAGUACACCGGCUCACAGAGCAUGUAAAUGCCAUGAGAGGCUUGCAGAGCAGCAAGGAACUGAAAGCAGAGCUGGAUGGGGAGAAGGGCCGGGACUCCACAGAGGAGGCCCACGACUAUGAGGUAGACAUCAAUGGCUUGGAGAUCCUCGAAUGCAAAUACCGGGUUGCGGUCACCGAGGUGAUUGAUUUGAAAGCAGAAAUUAAGGCCUUAAAAGAGAAAUACAAUAAGUCUGUGGAGAACUAUACAGAAGACAAGGCUAAGUACGAGAGUAAGAUCCAGAUGUAUGAUGAGCAGGUGACAAACCUGGAGAAGACCACCAAGGAGAGCGGCGAGCAGAUGGCACACAUGGAGAAAGAGCUGCAAAAGAUGACCAGCAUCGCCAAUGAAAAUCACAAUACACUGAACACGGCCCAGGAUGAGCUGGUCACAUUCAGCGAAGAGCUUGCUCAGCUUUAUCAUCAUGUGUGUCUGUGUAACAAUGAGACUCCCAACAGGGUGAUGUUGGACUAUUAUAGACAAAGCAGAGUCACCCGGAGUGGCAGUCUGAAGGGGCCAGAUGACCCCAGGGGACUCUUGUCACCACGACUCGCCAGGCGGGGGGUGGCAUCUGCAGUAGAACCCAAGACCUCAUCAGAUCCAGGUCCCAAAGAAAAUGCUGAGGCUAGCAAAGAGCCGAGUCCAACGAAAACCCCCACAAUCUCUCCUGUCAUCACCGCGCCCCCCUCCUCUCCAGUGUUAGACACGAGUGACAUUCGCAAAGAACCAAUGAACAUCUACAACCUCAAUGCCAUCAUCCGGGAUCAGAUUAAGCACCUGCAGAAGGCGGUGGACAGGUCCUUGCAACUGUCUCGUCAGAGAGCAGCGGCUCGGGAGCUGGCCCCCAUGAUUGAUAAAGACAAGGAAGCCUUAAUGGAAGAGAUCCUCAAGCUCAAGUCCUUGCUGAGCACAAAGAGGGAACAGAUCGCCACCCUUCGGGCUGUACUGAAGGCCAAUAAACAGACCGCCGAGGUGGCACUUGCUAAUCUGAAGAACAAAUACGAAAAUGAAAAGGCAAUGGUGACUGAAACGAUGACGAAACUCAGGAAUGAGCUGAAGGCUUUGAAAGAAGAUGCGGCCACCUUCUCAUCCUUGCGAGCCAUGUUCGCCACAAGGUGUGAUGAAUAUGUCACCCAGUUGGAUGAGAUGCAGCGGCAGCUAGCAGCUGCAGAGGAUGAGAAGAAGACGUUGAACACUUUGUUGCGCAUGGCCAUUCAGCAAAAACUCGCCCUGACCCAGCGGCUGGAGGACUUAGAGUUUGAUCAUGAGCAGUCUCGACGCACCAAAGGCAAACUUGGAAAGAGCAAGCUCGGCAGUCCUAAAGUAAGUGAAGCGGUGUCAGCCACCCUGCCCACCGUACACACUUACCCCCUGCAUAGGCCGCACCCACAGACACCCAGCUCGAGGGGCAGCAGUGGCACUCAGAGGAAAAGACAAUUUUCACCUUCCCUUUGUGAUCAGAGCCGUCCCAGGACUCCGGGGGCUCCUUACCUACAGAAUUUAUUAAGAGUUGCCCCCGACCCCACCUCCAGUGAGUCAUUUCUUCUGAAAGGCCCCCCUUCCAUGAGUGAAUUCAUCCAAGGGCACCGACUCAGCAAGGAAAAAAGGUUAACCGUGGCUCUACCAGAUUGUCAGCAGCCUGCUGCCGCCGUACCGCCACAGUGCGCACAACUAACUGCAAGGCCAGACUGCCCGACAGUCAGUCCUGAUGGAGUGGCCCCUGAGGAGCAGCCACAUUCCAGCUCGCCCUGCGUUCCUCUCCAGUGUCUCUCACCACCACCUCGCCCCUAAGCCUCACCGCCAGUGGACAUUGGGGCACACCCAGGAUACUGCCCAAGACCCAGCAGGGAGUUUUCUUCUCCAUUGUCAGAUGGCAUUGGAUUCAUCAUCUGGGAGAGGAAACAUUGAGAAGAAAACACAAAGCAUCUAGACUCCUUGUGUGAUCAGUGUGUUCUGAUGAACUGCAAUCAGUUGGCUCUAGUGCACUUCGAUUUAAAAAAAACAAAACAUAAAUCUCAGAUGACUGGCUUUACCUCUAUAGCAGAGUGUCCUAUGACAAUUUAAGGAGACAUAUGUUAUAAAAUUAUCUUUCUUCAUCCUCCAAAUUCAGCUAUAGAGGAGGAUUCCUUUUUUUUUUUUUUUUGGUCGUUGGUAUUUAUUUUGUUGGAGAUUUUUUUUUUUUGGCUAUCUAAUGUAUGUCUAUCAAGCUAAUUUAAUUUCUGUGAGAGGAGAAUUUAAUUUAAUUCAUUUAUUUUAUUUUUGAAUCAGCAAUAGUUUGCUGAGUGAAAUAUGAGUUGUAAUUUAGCUUGGGAUCUGGAAUUAGCCAGACUGAUUAUUUUCCUUUCACAAAAUGCUAUGCGAGGUGCAUUUGAUCGUUAACAGUAACUCUAUUUUGCUGUUACAUUCAUACUAUGUAUGCAAACUUUCUUUUCUAAUUGGUCACUCAUUAACUGCUGGGUUUUGUUUUUCUUAUUAGCGUUCUUCACUGGAUAUCGUUAAGUAAAUCUAAGAAAGAGACUAAAUUAUAAUUCGUUGACACUCAAGUUUGGAUGGCAUCUUUAGCUUUUUUUGAAAUUGCAAUUUGAGUAGAUGCACUGGUGCUGCUUGUGUGUGUGUGAGAGAGAGAGAGAGAGAGAGAUGAUAUGAUGUUAAAGUUAAAUAAUUUGAAGGGAAAAAUAGUGUGUUUAUUUAAUGAUCAGAAUAUAUAUAUUUUUUUUCUUCUUCCAAAUUCAGGGUCCUACUAUGAGUCUUUCCUGUUAAAAAAGUAUCAAGAAUUAAUUGGGAAAUAUAUACACAGAUAGAUGUAAGGUAGUCUUGGUUAGUUAAUUGACCCAGAAGUGUUCAGAUUUUGAGUCAGUUGUAUGCUUUGUUGUCAGGUUUUUUUUCAUAAUUAAUCUUCCUUGCUAACACCACCCCUCCCAACCCCAAUAGGUUAAGAAAAAACAUAGCUCAUUGUCUACUUUUGAUCAACACUCAGGUGCCUAUAAUCAUUUUAGAUUGAGAUAAGACAUGUUCCUAGUUAAUUUCCAGAUUCUGCUAGGUAACUUUUAUGACUUGAUUUCACCGUAGAUUUUCAUAAGCAAAAUUUAUUUUGCACAUCGUCUGACAAACAAGGAAACAUGUUGAAACUUCUUGAGCUGUCAAGUCUUGCACUGGGCUCUUUAAUUUCCCAGGGCUGGUUCACACUGUUGCUCCUCAUCUUGGCUCCUUGUCCCUGUCAGAUAGCCUUAACUUAGUUAAAGACCCAAGGAUUUCAUUUUUCAUGUAAUGGAAUCUGUAGCUUGUUUUCAAAAUGACUAGAUCUUUAUUAUUCAUGUAAAGGACCAUUAGCAAUGUGGGGUGCUAAACCAUAGGUGUGGUGUCUAGUAGAAGGAGGGCAUUGUCAGGGAGUUGUCAGUCCUCAUGUAUACCCUGUCUGUUCUUGUCUAUCAUCUGCCAGUGAAGGUGCAUUCCCUGUUAAUUACCAAAGCCACCAAAAGGUUCUGUGUUCUUUCUAGAAGUGCUACUUUGAUCCAGGUCCUUUCAUAGGCAGCUUGGAGGAAAUAAUUGAGAUCUUCCACAAAAAUAGGGAUUAGAGUUAAAGGACAGAAACAGGUGUGUGUGUGUGU